UUUCAUGGAAAUUCCAAUUCCAACUUGCAAAAUAUAUUAUUAUAUCCACCAAAAAUAAAAAACAAAAAAAAUACUCAUUGACUCUUUUGGAGUGUCUGUGUGUAUUGGGUACUUUCUUCUCUCUAGAUUUUUUCUCUCUCUCUAUCCUCAACUCUGUGUGUGUGUGUGGAGCCCAAAGCUGGUCCUCUGCUUUGCUGGCUUCAAGCUCUCCAUUCUUGAUUUAUAAUGGGGGGUUUCUCUUCAAAGAGUUUCACUUGGUCCAAUGGAAACAAAUAGCUCAAAACACUAAUUGAUCACUCCUUUUCACUCUUUUUUUUUUUCCAUCAUGAUCUUAAAUCUUCAAGAAAAGUGAGAAAAAAAUACAAAAAAGGUUAUCAAAAUCAAACCCCACUUCAGUUUUUGCUUUGAUUUGAUGGAUCCACAGAUCUAAUACUCUUUCACUUUCAGAUCUUCCAUUUUCCAUAGUAAAGAUUUGUACUUGCUUUGAGGAGGAACCUAUGCAAAGUUGAGGUUUAUUUAGUGUGUCCUGUUAGAUGUGGAGAGUUUAGAUGGUGUAUUGGAGGAGAUGAGGUAUGUUAUCUGGAUUAAUGAACUUCUUGAGGGCUUGUUUUCAGCCAAGGGCCAAUCGACACGUUCAUACAGGUUCCGAUGCCAGUGGACGUCAAGAUGGGCUGCUAUGGUAUAAGGAUACAGGGCAACAUUUUAAUGGAGAGUUCUCAAUGGCUGUAGUUCAGGCUAAUAAUCUAUUGGAAGAUCAGAGCCAAGUUGAAUCAGGGUGCUUGGGAUUGAAUGAUUCAGGUCCGUAUGGUACCUUUGUUGGAAUUUAUGAUGGACAUGGUGGCCCUGAGACUUCAAGGUUCAUCAAUGAUAACCUCUUUCAGCAUCUCAAGAGGUGUACAUCUGACCAGCAAACUAUGUCUGUGGAGGUGAUCCGGAAGGCAUUUCAAGCCACAGAAGAGGGUUUCCUCUCUAUUGUCACAAGGCGAUGGCCCACACAACCUCAGAUUGCUGCUGUUGGAUCAUGCUGCCUUGUUGGAGUUAUCUGCAGUGGGACCUUAUAUGUUGCCAACCUUGGCGACUCUCGAGCAGUCUUGGGGAGGCUUGUCAAGGCAACUGGAGAGAUUCUUGCUAUUCAGCUUUCUGCAGAACACAAUGCAAGUAUUGAAUCUGUAAGGCAGGAAAUGCAUUCUUUGCAUCCAGAUGACUCGCAAAUUGUAGUUUUAAAGCACAAUGUUUGGCGUGUGAAGGGUAUUAUACAAAUCACAAGAUCCAUUGGUGAUGUGUACUUGAAGAAAUCUGAAUUCAACAGGGAACCGUUGUAUGCUAAGUUUCGGCUCCGUGAACCGUUUCAGAGGCCCAUAUUGAGCGCAGAUCCAGCUAUUUUGGUGCACCCGGUGCAACCUCAGGAUCAGUUUAUUAUAUUUGCCUCGGAUGGUCUCUGGGAGCACCUAAGUAACCAAGAAGCUGUUGACAUUGUACAAAAUCACCCACGCAAUGGGAUCGCGAAAAGGCUAGUAAAAACUGCAUUGCAAGAAGCAGCAAAGAAAAGGGAGAUGAGGUACUCAGACUUGAAGAAAAUUGAUCGUGGAGUACGUCGACAUUUCCAUGAUGACAUCUCCGUUGUGGUAAUAUUCCUCGACUCAGAUUUUGCGAGCAGGGCUAGCUCUGGGAAGGUACCUAACGUGUCUGUGAAAGGUGGCGGGAUAACUCUGCCUCGGAACACACUUGCUCCAACCUAAUCAUGGUGCGUGUGACUCGAAGAAGCUCUCUUCCAAAUGAUGUUGUACUAUUUUCUUGUGAAUACCAGGUAGCUUCUGAAAAGAUAACAGCAGGCCUGCAAUUUUAAUUUUUUUUU